GUCUUGUUAAACUGGGCGUUCAUUGUGUUACGGGGAAGAAAGUGGCGAUCAAGAUCAUAAACAGAGAAAAAUUGAGCGAGUCAGUGUUGAUGAAGGUGGAACGGGAGAUAGCUAUCAUGAAACUGAUAGAACACCCACACGUGCUCGGACUAUCCGAUGUGUAUGAAAACAAAAAAUAUUUGUAUUUAGUACUUGAACACGUGAGUGGUGGAGAACUCUUCGAUUACUUAGUGAAGAAAGGUCGGCUAACUCCUAAAGAAGCGAGGCGUUUCUUUAGGCAAAUCAUAUCCGCUUUGGACUUUUGCCAUAGUCAUUCUAUUUGCCACAGAGACCUCAAGCCAGAAAAUCUGUUGCUAGACGAGAGGAAUAAUAUAAAAAUAGCAGAUUUCGGCAUGGCCUCCCUUCAACCUGCGGGCUCACUGCUCGAGACCUCUUGCAGGAGUCCACAUUAUGCUUGCCCAGAAGUCAUUAGGGGUGAAAAAUAUGAUGGUCGACGGGCGGACGUGUGGUCUUGUGGAGUAAUCCUGUAUGCAUUACUCGUCGGUGCAUUGCCUUUUGACGACGAUAAUUUGCGUCAAUUACUUGAAAAGGUAAAACGCGGCGUGUUUCACGUGCCGCAUUUUGUUCCGCCAGACUGCCAACAGCUGCUUCGAGGCAUGAUCGAAGUAAACCCCGAAAAACGAAUGACGUUGGCUGAAAUUACCAGACACCCGUGGGUAACGGCGGGAGGCAGGGGUGAGCUGGAACAGGAGUUACCCAUGAUGGAAGUGGUGCAGACUCGAGUGCUGCCAUCUGCCGAGGCCGUGGAUCCCGAUGUUUUGCAGGCUAUGUGCAGUUUGGGCUGCUUCAAGCAACGGGAGAAACUUGUCCAGGAACUUUUAAGUCAGCACCACAACACUGAGAAGGUGAUCUACUUCCUGCUGCUGGAGCGCAAGCGGCGGCGGCCGGCGCGCGACGACGAGCCGCGCCCGCCCGCGCCCGCCGCCCCCGCCGACCCGCCGCGCAAGCGCCUCGACACCUGCCGG